UGUUCUCAAUUCUUAUUCAGAGUGAUGUCAUAUCUCGGCUCACAUCUAGAACAAAUGUUUACUUGAAAUUAUCUGAAGUAAGAUUGCUAAAUAGGUUCUUCUAAGAGAAAUUGCUAUAAAAUUUCUAGUACACCGGCCAUGAAGGAGAAUACUUCAACUGUUAACUACAACAUGGGUUAUACCAUAGCAGAUGCAACUUUAACAGCAGUGUCUGUAAUUCCUAACUUCAUCUGCCUCUUCCACAUUUACUCCAUGAUGAAAAGAGAGAAAGUUAUUAAAUAUUACCUCUACUUUUCACUCGUCAUUACAACUUGUAUAACCAGCACAGUAGGGAAUCCCAUGUAUUUGAUCACCAAGACAGUCGGCCUCCCGAACAUGCUCAGCUCCAUCCGUGCGAACUACAACUUGUGCACUUUCCUUCUGGGAACCUACUUAUGUUCAAACUCGGUAUUGCCUCUAACGCUCGUCUGUCUGAGUUUGGAGCAACUAUAUGCAGUGUACUAUCCAAAUAAGGCAUAUAGAAGAAGUGCUCAGAAAACAUGUCUGAUGGCAGGGGUGUACUUGUGCGUGUCUUGGGCUAUUGGCGCAUUCAAUGGAUGGUACCUGCUGAUCCUGCCCAACCAUUCAUUCCUCAACAAAGGAAAGACGGACCGCUGUUUUUUCGAGGAAGUAUUGUAUAAUGAGAUGCUGAUGGUCUACCUCUGCUGUAACUUCUACCUUCCCCUGGCUCUCUUGCUGACGUCACACUGUCUCCUCUACAGCAGACUGGGAGUGAUGGAAACAAUUAGCGGUGCAGGUAGUGCUCAGAAUCACAACAACAAUUAUGAUGCCUCCAGUUCAACCGUCCAAAUCAACUUGAACAUGAGUGUGAGCACUCGCUACCAGUAUCGUUCAUCCAUGAACAGUCUGCUGGUCCUCUCUUCCUUUUGCCUCCUCUCCUGGACUCCCCUAAUGGUCAUCCGCACCGCAGAGAUCUUCGACAACACGUUCCAAGAAGGAAUUCCAGGUACAGUUCUGAAUGCAACAGUUAUUCUCUGGCAUUCCUCUACCCUUUUUAACCCACUCUACAUUCUGUUCAAAGAGUAUCGCAGCGGCAAUUUCAGACCAGCACUCCCGCGUAAACUCAAUCAGCGCCACGAAGAACACGAAUCCACUGCUUAGUGGAAAUAUUUCAAAACUAAUCCUCUUUAAGAAGCACUUAAAUAUAUCAAACACCUUUAUUUAUGUCAUAUAUUUGAACUUGCCAAUGGAUAUUGUGGUUUUUAUUUGGAUUACGAGCUUUUACUGUGAAAUCAGCUAUAAGGCCAUAAUCAAAACAAACAAUGAAACUUCGAAUUAUCUGAAUACUUAAUCCA